UGUAACGCCUAAUUUUCCAUUGUUUGAUUCUCUUGCUUCUUCUAUUUUCUCCGAUUCAAAAUGCGUGAAAUCCUUCACAUCCAGGGAGGCCAGUGUGGCAACCAGAUCGGUGCCAAGUUCUGGGAGGUGGUCUGUGCCGAGCACGGCAUUGACUCCACCGGGAGGUACGAUGGGGACUCCGACCUGCAGCUUGAACGGAUCAACGUGUACUACAACGAGGCCAGCUGCGGCAGGUUCGUUCCCAGGGCGGUCCUCAUGGAUCUUGAGCCUGGUACCAUGGAUAGUGUCAGGUCUGGUCCUUAUGGUCAGAUCUUUAGGCCGGAUAACUUUGUUUUUGGUCAAUCUGGUGCCGGAAACAACUGGGCUAAAGGCCACUACACGGAGGGUGCAGAGCUGAUUGACUCUGUCCUUGAUGUUGUCCGCAAAGAAUCAGAGAAUUGUGAUUGCUUGCAAGGGUUUCAGGUGUGCCAUUCGCUUGGUGGUGGAACUGGGUCUGGCAUGGGAACCCUUCUGAUUUCCAAAAUCAGGGAGGAGUACCCAGAUCGGAUGAUGCUCACGUUCUCCGUUUUCCCCUCCCCGAAGGUCUCCGACACGGUGGUGGAGCCGUACAAUGCUACUUUAUCUGUUCAUCAGCUUGUUGAAAAUGCAGAUGAGUGUAUGGUUCUUGACAAUGAAGCUCUCUAUGAUAUCUGCUUCCGCACCCUCAAGCUCACCACUCCAAGCUUUGGUGAUUUGAACCAUUUGAUUUCUGCUACAAUGUCCGGAGUCACAUGCUGUUUGAGAUUUCCGGGUCAGCUGAACUCUGACCUCCGCAAACUUGCCGUGAAUCUGAUCCCCUUCCCUAGGCUUCACUUCUUCAUGGUUGGUUUUGCUCCUCUCACCUCCCGUGGGUCGCAGCAGUACAGAGCCCUGACCGUCCCCGAGCUCACCCAGCAAAUGUGGGACGCCAAGAACAUGAUGUGCGCUGCAGAUCCCCGUCAUGGACGCUAUCUCACGGCCUCAGCCAUGUUCAGAGGCAAAAUGAGCACCAAGGAAGUGGAUGAACAGAUGCUCAAUGUCCAGAACAAGAACUCUUCCUACUUUGUUGAGUGGAUCCCCAACAAUGUCAAAUCAACCGUGUGUGACAUCCCUCCCAAUGGCCUGAAAAUGGCAUCAACCUUCAUUGGAAACUCGACUUCAAUCCAGGAAAUGUUCCGACGUGUGAGCGAGCAGUUCACCGCCAUGUUCAGGAGGAAAGCUUUCUUGCACUGGUACACAGGCGAAGGUAUGGAUGAGAUGGAGUUCACUGAGGCUGAAAGCAACAUGAAUGAUCUGGUUUCAGAGUAUCAGCAGUACCAGGAUGCCACGGCGGAUGAGGAGGAGGACUAUGAGGAGGAAGAGGAGUACCAACAUGAUGAGUGAUUGUUCAUGAAUGUAAAACAAUGAUGCAAUUCCCGGUUGCCAGUCUCUGGCAAGGGAAGGGAUUUAUCUGGGUUGCUGUAGGCCAAUAUGAAUAUUAGUUAUGUGAAAAAUGUUUUCUUUUCUGUUGUUCCCAAUCUGAAAACAUGAGACCCUCGGCUAAAUGGAAUUUGAUCGAGAGUAACAUCUUUAGGAGCAAACAAAUUACAAAUAAUUUU